UAGAGGAACCGGCGGGCCGCACAGAGCAAGGGCCGCAAGCUCUCCCGCUUUCAUGAUUCCGCAUAUUCCCCGCCUUAAUGUUACAGUUUUGUAUUCGAAGUAUUAGAUUUCACUUCGCUCAAAUCGCUCGAUUCCAAUUCAGAAACUACGUUCGAAGUACAGAGCCAAAUUCUUCCGUUCACAUCAACCUCCUCACCCUGUGCUUCAACGCUCAAUCGCUUCGUCAAACCAAAGAAGUCCACGCCAUUUGCCUUCUCAAUGGCUUGCUUCCUCAUAGUGUAUCACUCUGUGCUUCCCUUAUUCUUAAUUACGCCAAGUUUCAACACCCAGAAUCGUUCUGUACUCUGUUCCAUCAAACUGUCCAGAAUUGUCGUACUGCGUUCCUGUGGAAUACCCUGAUUCGCGCUCACUCCAUUGCUGGGAAUGGGACGCUUGAUGGGUUGGAGACGUACAACAGGAUGGUUCGAUUCGGUGUUCAACUCGAUGACCAUACAUUUCCUUUUGUUCUCAAGAUAUGUUCUGAUUCGCUUGAUAUUUGCAAAGGUAUGGAGGUUCAUGGGGUUGUGUUUAAGUUGGGUUUUGAUUCUGAUGUCUAUGUUGGCAAUACGCUGUUGAUGCUGUAUGGGAAUUGUGGGUUCUUAAAUGAUGCUAAAAAGGUGUUCGAUGAAAUGUCUGAGAGAGAUGUCGUCUCGUGGAAUACGGUUAUUGGGCUCCUUUCAGUUAAUGGGGAUUAUAGGGAGGCUCGUAACUAUUACUUUUGGAUGACUUUGAGGUCCGGAAUUCAACCAAAUUUGGUGAGUGUUAUUAGUCUUUUACCGAUUUCUGCUGGCCUUGAAGACGAGGAGAUGACAAGACGAAUUCAUUGUUACAUUGUGAAAGUUGGUUUGGAUUCUUUGGUAACCUCUUGCAAUGCACUUGUCGAUGCAUAUGGGAAAUGUGGGAGUGUGAAAACUUCAUGGCAAGUUUUUGAUGAGAUAAUUGAGAAGAAUGAAGUCUCAUGGAAUUCAAUCAUCAAUGGUCUAGCUUUUAAGGGUCAUUUCUGGGAUGCCUUGGAUGUUUUUAGGAUGAUGAUCGAUGCAGGAACUAAACCGAACUCGGUCACCAUUUCGAGCAUUCUUCCUGUGUUUGUUGAGCUUGAAUGUUUCAAAGCAGGAAAAGAAAUUCAUGGGUUCAGUAUGAGAAUGGGAACAGAAACUGAUCUUUUCACUGCCAAUUCCCUGAUCGAUAUGUAUGCCAAGUCUGGUCAUUCAACUGAGGCAUCUAGCAUAUUCCACAACAUGGAUGGAAGGAACAUAGUUUCUUGGAACGCUAUGAUCGCUAAUUAUGCUCUAAAUGGGGUCGCGUUGGAAGCAAUAAGAUUUGUAAUACUAUUGCAAGAGAGUGGAGAACGCCCCAAUGCAGUGACCUUUACCAAUGUUCUUCCUGCUUGUGCACGUUUGGGUCACCUUGGUCCUGGCAAAGAAAUACAUGCCAUGGGCGUUCGUUUAGGACUAACAUCUGAUUUGUUUGUAACCAAUGCUCUGACCGACAUGUAUGCAAAAUGUGGUUGCUUUCGUUCUGCUCGAAACGUCUUUAACACCUCCCAUAAAGAUGAAGUUUCUUAUAACAUAUUAAUUACAGGAUAUUCCGAAACAAACGAUUGCUUGGAGUCUCUGAAUUUGUUCUCAGAAAUGAGGCUGCUUGGUAAAAAGCCUGAUGUCGUUUCCUUUAUGGGUGUCAUAUCAGCAUGUGCAAACCUAGCUGCAGUCAAGCAAGUUCUGUCAGCUUGUAGCCAUGGAGGACUAGUUGAACGUGGUUGGCAAUACUUCAGCGAGAUGUUAGCUCAACAUCUUGAACCCACUGAAAUGCACUAUACAUGUCUGGUUGAUCUACUCGGGCGUGCUGGUUUCGUAGAAGAGGCAGCAGAGCUGAUUCGACGACUACCGAUAGCGCCCGAUUCAAAUAUUUGGGGAGCUCUACUUGGUGCUUGUCGAAUUUACGGAAACGUUGAACUAGGGUGCAAGGCAGCAGAGCAUUUAUUUGAGCUAAAGCCUCAGCAUUGUGGAUACUAUAUUCUUCUUGCAAACAUGCAUGCAGAAACAGGAAGAUGGGAUGAGGUAAACAGGAUUAGGGAACUUAUGAAGUCUAGAGGAGCGAAAAAGAGCCCUGGCUGUAGUUGGGUUCAGAUUCAUGACCAGCUGCAUGCUUUUGUGGUUGAUGAUCGAGCAGAGGGAUUUGAAUCAGGUGGUUUACUGGCAGAAUUCGUUUGAUCUGAUAGGUUAUUACAAUGUCAAACUCAUUAUAAACAAACAGUUUAGUCUGCGUUUAAUCGGUUUGGAUACACCAGGUUUGCAGUGUCCAUGAAAUAGAAUUUUAUUUAUUUCAUCUCAUUACAAUUCAAUAUGAAUGGAUGAGGUUACA